GACGAAGAGAGGGUCUCAACAAGUUCUCGCCCUUCGAAGAUCCUCUCAAAUCAGAACUUGCCACUGGAAAAUUUACGAUAUUGCCUACACGCGAUGCGACAGGCGCGGCGAUAGCUGUGUUCACAGCCAACAAGCACUUCCCAACACAGACCACGCAUCAGACAACGCUGCAGGGCGUGGUAUACCAGCUGGAUGUAGCUCUGCAGUCGCUGGAGACGCAGCGCGCGGGCCUGGUCUUCAUCUACGACAUGACGGACUCUAAGUACACCAACUUUGAUUACGAACUCUCACAGAAGAUACUCACCAUGCUUAAGGGCGGAUACCCGGCGAAAUUGAAGAAGGUACUAAUAGUGACCGCGCCGCUGUGGUUCAAGGCUCCGUUUCGAAUACUGCGUCUGUUUGUUCGCGAGAAGCUACGCGAGCGCGUACAUACGGUAAGCGCGCCGCAGUUGAGCGCGCACGUGCCUCGUGCCAGCCUGCCUACGUUGGAGCAUUGUAGAAAUUGUUAUACGAAUAAUCUUCAAAACAACAAACUGGAUGGUGUGAUAGACGAAUAUGUGAUCAGCAAUUAUAUUCCGCCGGUUAAAACGCAAAAUGGUGUAAUAGAGCACGAGGUCGCACGAGAUAUGACGAGCGACCGCGUAGCGCGCCUUGAGCAGCCAGAUGCCAUGCACAUCAGCGACCCUCCCUACACCUGCGACACCGGCCCGCUCAGACAGGGCACCUUCCACCACGCCAAAUUGCCAAGUAAUCUAUCAAAGAACCGGUAUACGGACGUGCUGUGCUACGACCACUCGCGCGUGCUGCUGUCGCAGACUGACCCGGAGGACCCCACCACUGACUAUAUCAACGCCAACUACGUGGAUGGAUACAAGCAGAAAAACGCAUUCAUAUGUACACAAGGCCCGCUGCCGAAGACGUUCAGCGACUUCUGGCGCAUGGUGUGGGAGCAGGGCUGCGUGGCGCUGGUGAUGACGACCGGCGGCCGCGCCCAGCCCGUGCUGCGCUUCCUGCACCUCGUGCGCCGCGCGCAGCGCACCGCGCUCGCUGAUUUAGGGGACGCGUGGGCAGGUCACAGCCGGGGACCUCCGAUAGUCGUGCACUGCUCCGCCGGCAUCGGUAGAACUGGCACGUUCAUAACGCUGGAGGUGUGCACGUCGCGGCUGGCGGCGGAGGGCGUGGCGGACGUGCGCGGCGCGGUGGAGCGCGUGCGGGCGCAGCGCGCGCACUCCAUACAGAUGCCCGACCAGUACGUCUUCUGCCACCUGGCGCUGCUCGAGUACGCGAUUGGGAGCUACGCUUGCGAAGAGAAAUGUUUAAGAUUCGUUUCAGUAUACUUCCGCAAACAUAUUUAA